UUCAUUUGCACUUUUCAAUAGAGAGAGGCGAACUUUUUGGUUUUUGUUUUGUUUCUUUUGCGGUAAUGUUAUCAAAGUUAUUUAAAUUUUCGUAUAGUUAAUUUAAGCAUGUGCAUGGAAAACCUAAAUGAUGUGUGUAUAAAUUUAGAUCGUCACGAAGUGUGACUUAUCGCCCGAUUGACAUCGAAUUUGUUAUUUAAUGACGUACCUGUUCCCAGACCCAGACAAGAUAUCUGUUUUGAAGGUUGGCGUUUUCUUAUUGGAGUAAAAACCAAAAGGUGAAAGAUGGCUGUUAAACAGAAAGUUGUCGAAUGUGUCGACCCGUCAAAUGAAGCACGCUUGCAGAUCAUUCUCAGGGCGCUGCAGGGUAUAUCAUCUGCACAGGAUGAAUUACACGAUAAAGUAUGGGCACAUGUGGUAAUAAGCCUUGGUACUGUCCCAGUACCGACAGAUGAAACCAGUUAUAUGAAAUUCAUAGAAGAUAUUAAGAGUGUUCAAAAUAUUUUAGCUAAAGAGUGCUCAAGUCAAAAGCAAGUGUUUGCUGCUUUAAAGGCUCUGUACGAUGAAAUAUCCAAUCCUAACAAACACCUUUCUCCAGUCAUGUCGAUCGUUUUGAAACUAAUCGACGAAGAUGAUAUUCCGAACGCAGUGAAAUAUAUUCUAAACACUGGCUAUCCAGAGCAGAGCCUUGAAAGGGCAUUACGUACGUUGUGUAACUGGUUGACUAAAUGGCUGUGGACCGACAAUUUGGGCCCUCUAGUCUUAGCUUUUAUGAAAGGCCUAGAGGCGGAGCACCACUAUGAUAUCUUGAUGGACGUGACUUUAGCCAAUGUAGAUACACUAUUUAAGCUUUUAAUAUUGCCCAAAAGCCGUAAAAGUGUCGGGCCUGUUGUACUUUACAUGUUGUCGAGAGUGCAGCACAGCCCGCAGAUAUUUCAUAAAAUUAUUCCCUUGGUAAACGUUGUUUGCAAGCAGUUGGACACCCAGAAAACGGAAACCAGUUUGUUGUACUUGCAAGCAAUUGUAAAUUUGUGUAUAGCUUUAAUGGAGCACUUUCCGGGAUUCCCGAAUAUCUACGAGCCCUUAACGCAAACCUUGCAGCCCUACUGCCCCGAUUCCAAUUACAAACAAACUUUGCACUGCAAAUCUUGGUCUGAUGGUACUAACGCGAUUAUUCCCAGUAGGUAUUCCGUCGGAAAGGUGGGGUUGAAUAAUUUGGGGAAUACUUGCUACAUGAACAGCGUGUUGCAGGCGUUGUUCAUGACGAAAAAGUUCCGAAACGACGUUCUGUUGCACCACAAAGAGAUGAUGCCGCUCUUCUCGAAACUACAGGUUCUGUUCGCUCUUUUGCAAUUCUCGAAGAAAUUCUCUUUGUCGCCCACCGAUAUAUUAAACUUGUCGAGACCACCUGGAUUUUUGCUGGGGCAUCAGCAUGACAGUUCAGAGUUUCUUGGAUAUUUAUUGGACACCUUACACGAGCAAGAGAAGAAUGUUUCUACAGCUUCCAGCAGUUCCGAAGGAGCAGUUGCGGUCACCGACGUGCAAACCGUAGUCCAGCAGUCAUUCGGCGGGAGGACCAUCACAGUUUCAAGGUGUGACGUGUGCUCCACGAAAAGCGAACGGGCCGACAAUUUCAGGGAGCUGCAGCUCUCGUUCCCCAACAACUCUGACAAUCAGUCUGUGCAGAAGCUGUUGCAGUAUUACCUACAACCCGAGAAACUACAUGGUGAUAACCAGUACCACUGUGAUAUAUGUACUACGUUGACCGACGGGGAGAGAAUCACCAGAAUCGUAGAGGCCCCACCUAGAUUAAUCCUAACUUUAAAACACUUCCGGUACGACCCCGCCUCGCAGCAACGCACAAAACUCCUGCAACGAGUCGAGCUCGACGAACGCUUUGCCUUGGGGGACUACGAGUACGAGUUGUACGCAGUCGUGGUACAUUGCGGGUCCAGCGUAGAUUCGGGUCAUUAUUACACGUUCGCUAAGGAUAAAUCCGACUGGUACAAGUUUAACGACGGUUCCGUGAUGAAGGCGAGAUCGGACGACCCGUCCAGGCUGAAACCGCCGGAAACACCUUACAUCCUGUUUUAUGGCAGACAGGACAACGCGGAGCCGGAAAACUUGCCGUGCGCGGUACUGUCUAAUAGAUUGCAGUCGACUCUUAAGAAGGACGAGUCGGAGUACGAUUCCGAGAAGAGAAAACAGUCGCUUAAGAUGUACAACAGGCAGAAUAGAAACGACGAACCGCCUCCGCCCGGGUGCGGCGGGGGGGGAUUUUCCAGUACAGCGGGGAAUAUGUUUGUGUGUUAAUGAUAAAUUUGUUGAAAACGAACUAUUGAGGGGUAUUGUAUCGAUUACUGCAAAAACUAUGUUAGAUAAAUUGUAGUUUUAAUUUAUAAAUAUUUAUAAGUUAUAUAUGUUGAUGAUAUGGAUAAUUGUUUUUAUUUUGUAAGAAACAACUAUUUUUUUUUUGUUUCACGGAAAAUGAAGAACGGAAUGUGAUAACGCUUCUAAUUUUUUUAAAUUAGAAUCGCCGAUCUACGUUUAUCACAUCGUAUUUGAAUAUGUACUUUGUUGCUUUGUUCUAAGUUUGAAAAUAAACAUUUUUAAAUUUGUUAAUGAAAUUUUCAGUAAGUAUUUAGGUUUUGUGUCGAAACUAAUCUAAAUUACAUGUUUAAUUCUCUAGACUCUAGACGAAGGACUAGCGGUUCAUUUUAUUUUAACUCUACUCUGGAUUAUUUAGAUUUAAAAAAUUGUAUCUUAGAAAUCGGUGAGAUAAAUACCUAUGUAAAUGCUGCCAGAGGCACAGAUAUUUUAUAUAUCUCGAUUUAAUGUUUUGACAAGAACAAUUAUAUCUUUUUAUCCACAGA